AUGAAACUCGCCAAUUAUUCGACAUCAGAUGAUUCGGGUUCCGAUAUUGGAGAAACCACUGUGUCAGAAUCUUCUCCAUCAAAAGAUACCAUAGCUCUUCAGUCAUCCUGUAGACCCAAACGCAAAUACGAAUCCAAUGACUACAGCACAGAAAAGAAUCCUGCUUUUUCCACAGUAUCCGAAGUCAUUUCAGAAAUUUUUGGGUUCUCUGUCGAGGCAUCCACCCCCGUCUCAGGGCGCACCAAGUCCCGCGACAUCCCUUCCCCACCGAAAAGAAGACGAAAGCAACGAUGGAUCGAACAAGAGGGAAGCUUGGAGCUGUUGGCUACGCGGGACUUCAAGAAUCUUGCCUUCAGAAAUGACGCGAAGACAGAGGAUAGAAACAUGGAUGAGGAUGAUGAAAGGAUCUGUGGAGGAGCAAGGCACAAUUGGGUCAACGGGAUGCGAGAAGGAAAAGGAGAAGAUCCGUUUUUGAAUUAUCUUGCAUAUUGCAAGGGAUUGGGAGUACAAUCGGAGCCGGAAAAUGGACCAAAGGAGCCAAACACCAUGAAUGCUUCAUCAAAGAACGCGGGUGAAAAGGAUCAUGGGAAUGAAAAUGUAGCUGGGUAUUUGAACCUUACUACCAGGAGCGCAAGGUUAGAUGAGGCGUUACGUAGAGUACAAAGGAGGAGAGAGAGAUCCGAGACAAUCCUCAAGACUUUGAAGUGGUGGGAUGGUGAGGUAGAGACGGCAACUGAUGAGGACAAUGAAGAGGCGGGACUCAUUGCGGCUAGUGCAUCUAAUGUUGGGUUUUCUGAUGAUAGAUGUGGAAGUAGGGGGUCGACUUUAGUAGAGGAAUAUGAAGUUGUGACCCCGGAAGACACAGGAUACCAAAAUACAGCACGGUCUUCUAUAUCGACGGAAGAACUCUUCACCAGUCGAGGCUCUUUGAGCACAACUGCUAGUCCUCUAGCGAGCGGAUCCACAGAUGAAGAUGCCAUGGAGCAACAAGCUGGGAUUCAAUCGCACCAGAUCCAACAUGAGAUGUCAAAGGGUUGUUCUGGUGCCUCCUCCAAUGGAUGUGGUACCAACAAUGAACCAAAAUUCGUUAUUGUCGAGGACAUUGAGGAAACGAGCCCCAGAGGCCAACAUAAUGCUGAUCAUGAGAAAUUGGAUCUGUCUUCGUCAGAAUUUUCCUAUGACAGGAGUGAGGAGGACCUAGAAUGCUAUACGAGAAUCGACAAAGGAGAGUCGACUAGAAUCACGGCUGAGAUGGUUGAAUCAGUUAAGAACAUUAUGGUGGACACUCUCUGUGCCACUGCGGAAGAAUUGACGAACGGGUUCAUAAAAAUGUUCCAUAAGGAGUGUUCUGUAUCAACCGAGGGCGAAACAACUUGGUACGAUGGUGUGGAAGAAGAGAUCGUUGAGGCUGUUGCGAAAAGAGUAAGAUGCGCAUUUAUGCACUUAAAGGAGGACUGUAAUGGGGCAUUGAAAAAGGCAGAAAAUAUCUCUCCAUCCUGUCCCAAACCCAAAAUCUCAGCCAGACACAGCAUCUUUACCAACUGGGACACCGCCUACCCAGACAAUGUCAUGCGUCCCUCAGAACUCAUGCGCGCCGUCCGUGUCCUCAUCUCCCUCACCAAUCCCACCCCACAUUGCCGCGCUAUCCUCGAAAACACCCCCGGGUCCGAAUACGAUGCUUUAGCAGUGCAUAUACAACACUAUCUUCAGAUAGGCGCUGCGGUAACGUGCGAGGAGAUUAUGGAGGGGAGUGCAUGUGCAUGUUGUGAGCGGGAAGUUGGGAGGGGGAGGAUGGAAAUGCCUUGUUUUGUUCCUUGGUGGAAGAGAAUAAGGAAGGAGAGGAUGAAGAAACUUGAAGAGAGAUGGGAAAAAGGGGUAUUAAGUAGGAAGUUUUUGGAUAGUGUUAAGGCAGCUGGAGGCAGCUGGAAUUGA